GUAAUAAAUUCACAAGAUAACAAUUAAUUUAUCUUAUGGCAAAAUGCACAAGAUGUCUUGUCCAGAGGGAUUUCUCUAACUGAGCUUAUAUUCUUGAAAUCAUUGGAGGUCUUCUAAAAUUUUCGCCUCCAAGUUCAAGCUCGAUUCCAUUAAUUUCUGAAUUUGUGAGUGCAUGAAUGGCUAAAUCAAUAAACUCCUGAUGAUUUUGAUAUCUUUUUAUCACUGAAUCAAGUAUUAAAGCUCUUCUCAGCUCUUUAUCUUUUGUGUAUGACAUCUCAGGCAUCAAUGUUGUCAUUGAUGAGGGAGAGAUACUACAGAAUCUAAUGUUUCUUCUUACAAAAGUAUCUGCUGUUGCCAUUGUGUAG